CUCUGUUGUCUGUCAUAUAAACGUCAAUAAUAUGCCUUUUUAAUUAAAUAUAUUUUAUUGUAUUAGUGAACGUUUAUGUGACAUUGAACGUUGCUUUAUUUAUUUUUUUCUUUAAUUUGUAUGAAUAUGUGCAAAUUUCUGAUCCUAGGAAUAAAAUAAUUUCAAAACGUUCCAAUGAUGAUUGUAAAUACUUAAAUUGUAAUAAACAUAUAUCAAUAGUACUUAUUAGAUUAGCAUCAUAAACCAACAUGCAAAUCUUUUCAACAUCAAAGAAAACAUGAAGGUCUUUAUUUUACAAAAAUGUUUCAAGAUAUUGCUAUGUUUGGUAUUGAUAUCGAUUGUAGUCGUUUUCUUUUUUCAAAACCAAUAUUUAUCAUUAAAAUUUUAUAAAUUUUUCUAUUCAAAGGAUACUAUUUCUUGUUACCGAAUCCAAACGCCGUCUCUUCCAGAUAUCACAGAAAUAUCGCCUCGUAAAGGAAAAUCCAUUUUUUUUCACGAAACUUCUUGUAGAUCUUUUUUUAAUGACAAAAUAUCGAUAACUUCACGUCAAGCUUGUGCAGUGGAAAGCGCAGCUAAAAUUAAUCCAAACUUAGACGUAUAUCUAUUGUUCACUUCACCUGGUUUACUUAAAAAUGAAAAAGAUGAAUCCGAUCGAAUACUUCAAGCAUUAAAAACUUAUAAGAAUCUCAAAAUGAUGCAUUUAGAUUAUGAAAAAUAUGUAAAAGGAACACCCGUUGAAGAAUUGUACACAUCCGGAAAAAUAGACAACUCUUAUUAUGCCCAAUCGCACGCCAGCGAUGUUCUUAGGUACCUUACUUUAUGGAAAUACGGUGGAAUUUAUUUAGAUUUGGAUGUUAUUGUUGUAAAAUCAUUAGAAGACGUCCCACCUAAUUAUGCAGGAAUUGAAUCUAAUAAAAAUGUAGCGGCGGGUGUAUUGAGUUUUGAUGCUACAGGGGAAGGUCACAAAUUAGCUGAACGUUGUGUAAAUGAUUUGAAAGAUAAUUUUAAUGGUCGAGAUUGGGGUAACAAUGGCCCCGGAGUGAUAACAAGGUUACUUAAAUCUGUAUGUAACGUAGAGUUGGCUAAAGAUAUGAUAAAUAAAUAUUGCGGCGGUUUUACCGCUUAUCCCUCAAAUGUAUUUUAUCCGGUGCCUUGGCAAAAGUGGAAAAUGUAUUUUGAUGAAAAUUCUACAGAAGCUGUGGUUAAUUUAUCUAAAGAUAGUAUUGCUAUACACGUUUGGAAUAAACAUAGCGAACUAACCAGAUUAUCUUUAUCUUCCAAUGCACCUUAUAUUCAUUUUGCUAGGAAAUAUUGUCCUAGAGUGAUUGCAGCGAUCGACGAAUAUUUUUAAAUAUAUUUAUUGUUAUUUUCAAACAUAUUAAAUGUACUAAUUUCAA